AUGAACUCCGAAUCUCGUGCCGAUGAUGUUCCCCCAGCGUACGGCAUUAUCGAGGCUCCCAAUAUAGGUGAAAGUACAGGAAGUCAGCUUCACAUUGACUUUACUAGUCUUGAUCUGGAGGCGUCUAAUAAGGCAUCCUUCCCAACAGCUGAUGCUUGCCUCAUUCAUCUUAGACUUCUCUACGCAAUCGAAAUUCUCAAGACCAAGAUAGGACAUACAAACGGGCUGUGGGAUAUCUGGGAUCAACUGAGAACCGAUUCCACAAGUGAUGCAUCAAAUGCACAUCACAGCAAUGGGUCGAUCACCGCAAAACUAUGCGAGAAGCGUUGGGCGAUAUAUGUAGCUAGGGCUGUUGAUCGAUAUGAAGCCUGGUGGAAGAGCUUCGUACCCGACAUGCUGAAAGAGGCCGACAUGUUGGAGAAGGGAACCGAUAAGACAACAAAGUACGAAGGCUUCACUGUCUUGGAGGACGCAAUUGAAUGGACUGCUGAAAUGAUACCACCCAUCGAUGUUUUGAUUGUCUGGCAUACACAUAUGCUCAAUCCGCGGCUAUUCCUCGAGGAUUGCCUUAGACAUGGCUAUGGUACCUUUUGGAGAGCAGGCAUACCCUGGGCCAUAAUCAACAACGCCAUAAAUGGUGCAACUUUCGAGUACAAUAUUAAUCAGGCAUGUGAGGCCCAGUGGACUGAAAGAACCGGGAGACCUUGGUUCAACCAAGAAGACAGCGAGACGAAACAACUUCAAUGCCCCUCGUGCUCAGAAGGCUUGAAUGUGGCUUGGACUAGUUGCGGUCAGCCUCAAGAUUCGAAAAGAAGGCAGGAUCUUGACCUUUCAGGUCAAGGCUAUGGCGACGGAAAUUUUCAGACUUUGUGCAUCAAAUGCAACACUACUAUUGACGAAGACCUUCUUCGAGUUGGCAAGUUCAGGGAAGAUGUGAGGAACCUGGUUCGCAACGACUGGCCAAUGCCCGGUACCAUUUUGGAUGGAAGCGGCCUCGGACGUAGACAAACCGCCGAGAGUGAUCAACUCUUUCCCAACCGCCUCGUUCGUAGAGGGAUCUUGGUCGAGGUAUCAAACUUGAUGGAAUCCUCCACCAAGCCGACCAUGAUGUUGGUCAGGAACAAGAUUCAGGAAGUAACCGCCCAUACGCAGUAUCGCCACAGCAGCGAUCGGUUGAAAAAGGUUGAUAAGGGCACAGAGGGCGUCCUGGGUACGUUGGUACCGCACAGGUUGUCCCGAAGCUCUCGGAUGCAGACAAGAGCAAUGAUGUCGCGAUACUGGGAAAACUCUUCAAUGUUUGCUCUGGAUCUCCGAAAUGCCGUCAUGCGCCAGGGAGUGUUUGUCGCAAAGAUGUUCAAGAUUGAUUGGCUUCAUAGCCCUGCAGCCAGAUUUACGAUGGAAAAGGCCUUGAAAAAGUAUGAAAGGUUUUUCGAAAUUGCCUCUACUCAUCCGGAUCAGGCUGUUACGCCUACUCUCGAUGUGGACCUGGCGUGGCACACUCAUCAGUUGAGCCCACAAUCAUACUUCAAGUAUGCUGUGAGUAAAACGGGAGUUUUCACCGACCACAAUGACAAGAUUGAUGAGGACAAGCUUGCCAUCUCAUUUGACUGGAUGGGCAAAGUAUACCAGGAGAAGUACGGCGAGGUGUACUCUGAAUGUAAUUGUUGGUUCUGCGAGAGCCUGCGAUAUAUGCAUACAUCCAGAUCCAAGUUGAAGCGGUUAUUUGGUCACAAGCAAGACAAAGCUACAGAGGAAUGGCGUGAUUCCGGACAGGACGCGGGUCAACACAUUUCAUCGCACCAUGCAGUAAGAACUGCGGAUGAACGGAGCUCGCAGAACAGGACGCGGCGCCUGCUGUUCCACAAUAACCUCAACGAUAUCUAUGAAAAGGUCAUGAAACAAGCUGCUAAGGGACCUGUAUCUUCUCCAGCCACCUCGGGUACAACUCACUCAAACCACAUUGGUUUACGGGGAGAUGACCACUCUGUGCACUGGGGCAAGAGAGUUGCUCUUUCCGGUCCAUGGUCAUCCGAGGCCGCUGCGAUAUUCACUGAGGAAAUGUACGCAAGCCAUCCUGGCGUGAUUCACACUUACCACGGUCAACCCGGCGCAUGUGCGGCGGGGACAUGCGGCGGUUCAACGGGAUGCGGCUCGGGCGGUAUCGCAAUGUGUGGUUCGGGUUGUACUGGAAUGGGCAGCAACUACUUCGGCGCAGGUUGCCAGGGUAUCGGGGGCAGCUCAGACAACCAGUAA